ACGCCGAGAGCAGACGCCGUGCCUCGCCCGUUUUCUAAUUGCUCAAGUUACUUGUCAACACGGACACGCAAGCACCAGCUCGAAGACUUUCACCCGCAGAGCACCACGAAAAACAAGAAACUGCAAGUACAGAAAUGCUGCAGGACAUUCACGAGGCUUCAUCUAAGGGAUGUCAGACGAGCCUACCAAUGACCCGCAUGCAAGAAACCCAGACACCCUCGAAUUUGAGGACACGUGACUGUGGUACGACAACACAUCCGAUGUUCUUCUGCAAAGACUGUGGUGGCACAUUUGUGACAGCCUUGCGACUGCAUUGGCACAGUCGUACCUCGCACCCGAACAAAUUGCUCCCUUGCACGUGCUUCGACUGCUCUCGUUCCCCCAGCAACAGGAACCAGGUUAAAAUGCACGAGCGGCCAUUCACCUGCUACAUCUGCCAGAAGGGAUUCUUCCGGGCAGACGACGUGGAGAAGCACAUGCGCGUCCACACAAGAGAAGCCGCUUCACCGAGCUCGGCAGCUGCCAGGAAGCACGAGCGCAUAGUGCACGCGCGUGAUUACCCGCACUACUGCCCGCACUGCGGCAAGGGGCUCGCCAACAAGAACAAGCUGGAGAAGCACAUCCGCGGUCGCCACUUUGAAUUCGAAAUGGUGGACAGCGACGAGGAUGGCGGGAGCGUGAUGCAGACGGUGAAGACGAAGUAA